CCCUGCCUUCCACUCCACACCCUCCCGACAUCCGCACCGCUCCGCGCCUCCGCUGCUGCAUCCAUCGCACCGCCGCACCUGGCCGCAGCAGCAGCAGCAGUCGUCGCCGCCGCUCGCAGCACCGCCCUGCAGCGCAGGCGCGUGGUGCUCCGGCUCUCGGGCCUCUCGCAGCUUCCACUGCGCCGCCAGCACCUCGCAUCUCCUCGCGAGCGGCGCGGCCACCUCUCGCUGCGCGCGGACACCGAUCUACACCACCCGCUGUGCGGGCCCAUAUCCUCUCACACGCCGCCGCCCCACCGCCUCGCCCAGCAUGGCGGACCAGUUCAGCCGCAAGACGAACACGUCCUUCUCGGGCCUCGUCACGACGCUCGCCAUCUUUGCCGCCGUCGGCUCCAUCUGCCUCGUCGGCUUCGAGACGAUGCGCCAGCUGCGGCGCCUGCCGCGCACGCGCUUCGUGCACUUCUGGAAGGCCGGGCGCCGCGAGCGCGAGGGCGGCGGCGGCGUCGACGAGCAUGGGAUAGGCGCGAGGGAUAAAAUGGGGCCAGAGGACUGGGAGAUGGGCCAUCUGUAUCUGGCCCGCAUGUUCCACGCAACCACGCCGUCGCCGCCGAUGGCGCGUCUCCCGCUCUCCUGGCCCCUGCAGGCCCUCAAAUUCACCGACUGGUUCUACGCCAAGCACACGGGCAUGGACACCGUCGUCUACGUGCGCUUCCUGCGCGCCCUCGUCUGGUGGACCUUCCUACAGACGUGCACGACGGCGCCGAUCCUGCUUGCCAUCCACUUCAAGUAUUCGCAGGGCGUGCAGAUCACCGACAUGUCGCGCGCCUCGCUCUCCUGGCUCGUCACAUCGCCCGUCGACCAGGCCGCGUGCGACCUCGAUCCAAUCACCUGCGAGCGCAAGCCCAACGUGCAGGGCCGCAGCCUGCUCUGGAUCCACCUGUGCCUCAUCUGGUGGAUCUCCUUUACCUGGUUCUACGCGCUCUGGUGGCUCGGCCGCGGGAGCCUGACAAUCCGCAGCCGGCUCGUCGACGACAUCCGCAAGAAGCGCGCCGAGACGCUCGAGGCGAAGGCCGCGGCAGCGCCGACGUCUGCCGAGCAGCGCAAGUACAAGCUCAGCGACGAGCAGCACGAGAGCGAGCAUGCGCCGUACAGCGCGACGUCGCAGGGCUUCCCGGCGUCGAUGAGCGAGGCGCAGGGCCUGGGCGACCAGGCUGAUGACAGCGAGGGCUGGCGGCAGCGCACGCUCAUGGUGAUGAACCUGCCGGCGACGAUGCGCGACGAGGCGUCGAUCCGCCGCUACUUUGAGGAGUUCCUGCGGCCCGACGACGACCUCAGCGUGAUCAGCGCCGAGGACGUGGCCGAGCGCAACGCGCAGAGCACCGCAGUGGACCGCCUGCGUGCGUCCGAGAGCCGCAAGGCGGACUUGUCGGCUGUGGACUCUGCCACAGACGGCGGCGACCAGUCCGGCCACGACCGCGUGCGCACGCACCGGGGCCCGGGCCCCGACCCGCAUCCGUACCGCCACCAGCGCUCGCCCGUCCAGACCGUCGUGCUUGUGCGCAAGAUGAACGAGCUCUCGAGCAUGCUCUCGCGCCGCCAGGAGGUGCUCUCGCAGCUCGAGGCGGCGCAUGUCAAGCUGGCCAAGAACGCGAUGCAGGCCGUCGGCAAGACGACGCAGCGCAUGCGCAAGAGCACGGGCGCGUCCAAGCACGGCGGCGGCAGGCUCGCCAACUUCCAGGCCUGGCUGCGCCGCGAGGAGAAGGACCCGCAGGUGGCCGAGCGCGAGGGAUCGCCCGGCGGCAUCAUCGCCGACGUGGAGAAGCACGCCGCCUCGGGCGCGCACGGCGACAGCGAGCGCGCCAAGGAGCUCGCGCAGCGCCUGGCACGCUUCUCGCCCACGAACAGGGGACAGCACGGCCGCGAGCGUGAGGAGCGCGCCGACUCGCUCGACAAUGCCUCGCGCAAGAACAAGAACGUCAUGCACGAGACGGUCUGGGAGGCGCUCGCCGAGGUGCCGCGCGAGCUGCUCGACCAGUAUCAGCCCGUGACGCGUCUCAGCGCGCUCUUCCGCGGCCAGACGGUGCCGACGAUCGACUACCUCCUCACCAAGCUGAAUCUCCUCACCGCGCUCGUGACGGAGAUGCGCUGCAAGCCGCCGAGCAGCUACGAGGCGACGUCGACGGCCUUUGUCACCUUCCGCGACCCGCGCCAGGCGCGCAUGGUCUGGCGCGAGCUCAAGACGCAGAUCGUCGUCAAGGUGCGCAUGGCGCCCGAGGUCAAGGAUCUCGACUGGGAGCGCCUCAUGCGCACCAGCUUCACGGGCGACCUCGUGCGCGGCGUCGGUGUCAACGCCUUCUUCUGGGGCUUCACGAUCUUCUGGGUGAUCCCGAUCAACAUUCUCACCACGGGUCUCUUCAGCGUGCAGAACCUGGAGAAGGUCUUUGCGCCGCUGCGCGCCUUCUUCGAGCGCAACCCCAACGUGCAGGGCUUCGUGUCGGUCACGCUGCCGACGCUGCUCGUGUCGCUCAUCACCAUGGCCGUGCCGGAGCUCAUCUUCCAGAUCAGCAAGCGCGCGCAGGGCUUCGUCACAUUCAGCACGCUCUACGACCAGUGCCUGUGCCGCUACUGGAAGUUUGUCAUCUGCAACGUCGUCAUCUUCUUCUGCAUUGGCGUGACGGCCGUCACGACAAUCCUGCAGCAGGUCGGCGCGUCGGGCCGCGUGCUCGACAACAUCGCAUUCAGCUUCCCGACGGCGGCGCCGUUCUACGUGUCGUACCUGAUGCUCGGCAUGGCGCUGCACACGGGCUUCGAGCUGCUCGGCUUCAUGGUGCCGCUCAUCCAGCACCUCGGCGCGCGCAAGGCGGCGACGCCGCGCUCGCGCGCCCUCAAGACGCUGCCGCGCAACUUCAACCGCUACUACUGGCUGCCGUUCCACCUGCUCAUCCUCACCAUCGUCUUCAUCUUCAGCCUGCUCAACCCGCUCGUCAUCCCCUUUGCGCUCAUCUACCUCUUCGUCGCGAUGAUCGUCUUCAAGAAGAACUUUGCGUACACAUACUUCCGGCGCUUCAACGAGAUGGAGGGCGCCGUGUACUUCGUGCGCCUGCUGCGCUUCUCGCUCGACGGCCUCGUCACUGCGCAGGUCGUCAUCACGAUCUUCUUCAGCGUUACGAAUCAGCGCGCCGUGUACAUCGGCCUCACGGCCGUGCUCAUCCCGAUCACCGUCGCCAUCAAGCUGCUCGGCACGCGCCUGUGGAAGUCGCAGUGCCGCGCCAUCGAGGACGACGAGGCCAACGCGCUCUGCGGCAUCGGCACCAACACGCCGCUCACCAAGAGCGCGCAGCGCGACUGGGGCAUCGAGCAUGCCGAGGCCGGCCGCUUCGACACGGCCGACUCGCGCAGCCCGCUCGAUGCGCGCGCCAGCGGCCGCUACCCGCCCGUCGCGCCACCGACGCCGCAGGGCUCCACCAUGUUCCGCGUCUGGCACCGCAUCCACGACUCGUUCAACGCCAACGGCCACGACAACCCGAGCUACAUUGCCGGCGCCGAGGCGCGGGGCCACACGUCGGGCGCCAAGAUGCUGACGAGUGCGCCCAUGUCGGCGCUGCGCAACGCCGCACAGGCGGCCAAGAACCGCAGUGCCUCGGCCAAGGCGCAGAUCGAGUUUGCGCGGCACUCGAACCACGCCGACCCAUCGCAGGAUCAUCUGCCGGACAUCCAGGCGCAGGCGUACGACGCUGUGCGCAGCCGCGGCGGCCGUUCGAACGCGAUCAAGCGGCGCAACGGCGUCGUGCGGAGCGGCACGCUGAAGCGCGGCAUGAGCAUGAAGAGCUCGCGCAGCGAUGAGGCACCCUUCCUGUCGGGCUUCGACGCCGUGGCGUUCCACGCGCCGGUGCCGGAUGACGAGAACAACGUCGGUGACGAGUCCUUUGCCGACGGAGAGCAGCAGCUCGUCGAGCACGAGCACAGCACGCCGCGCCACCACCGAGGCCGCAGCCAGCGGCACCGCGAGCGGCAGGCGUCGUACAGCACCACCAUCGUGCGCGGCUCGCCGGCGGCGUACGCCGCAGGCGGACAGUCGGAUGUCUUUGGCGAGGUCGACGAGUUCGGCGCGAUGCAGUGCAAGAACGGUGACUCGUCUGUGGCUGCGCACGACGCGCCUGCUGCACGCGGGCGAUUCGACACGCUGCUGCACCCGGGCCACGCCGCUGUGCCGUCCAAGGAGUCCGCCACGUCCUCGGCCGGCAACACGAGCGAGGACGAGGAGGACUACUCGGACAUGGAGCAGGGCCCGCUCGUGCGUCCGCACGCCAAGCUGCGCUGGGACGACACGCCGAACAACCAGGCGCGGUACAACAACCCGUUCUACUCGCGCGAGCUCGACCCGUUCCUGUGGCUGCCGCGCAACCCGCUCGCGCCGCUCGAUCUCAUGGACACGGUCGAGUGGCACGGCUGCGCGCUCGUCAGCUCGCAGGGCGGCGCCGGCCACGUCGGCGACUGGAGCGAGGACGAGGAUGAGGAGGAGGACGAUAUCAAGGACGCCGACGGCAAUGCGAUCACCGACAUGCGCAGCCAGACCGGGCGCGGUCUCGACGUGGCCGACCUGCAGGGCGACGAGGAGAUCUUCAUCACGGGCCCGCUCGCGCAGCGCCUGCAGGAGGCCGAGGACGCCGAGGAGGUCAUCGACCCUGCGGCGAGCCUGCCGCGCAACGUCAUGGACGACUACAAGCGGGCCAUCCGCCGCGACGAGAUCUCCGACAUCGGCCGAGGCGACAGCGUGGGCGAGUCGCCGCUCAUCAAGCGCAGCAACAGCGCCGUCAGCGGCAUGAGCCUGCCGCUGCGCUCGCCGUCGCUCCGCGCUCGCCAGAUGCAGGCCUUCCACGCCGACGAGGAGGGCCGCCAGAGCAUCACGCAGCAGCGCCAGAUGACGCACUCGAACACCAUCACGAGCCUCGAGCUCGGCGCGGGCAUGUCCGAGUCGCCGCUGCCGGCGCCGGGCAGCACCGGCGGCGAGCUGCAGGCGCAGCAGGAGCAAAGCGUCAGCGCGCUGCUUGCCACGCCCACGCCGGGCGUCAAGUUCGGCGCCGAUCCCUCGACGGGCCGCACGCGGCCGGUCGCUGGCGGCGGCUCGCAGCACCUCACGCGUGCCAACAUGCGCAGCGGCGGCGCCGAGAGCGUCGCCAGCGGGCACACGGGCGUCAGCCGCACGGUCACGAUGCGGCAGGCGCUGCAGGCCGAGGUGCUCGAGGAGGAGCGCCGGCGGACAGUGCGCGAGCGGCUCGUCGCCGUCAAGAAGGCCGCGUCCGUCAACAAGAAGAAGAACAAGGCCAACGACGAGGAGGCCAUCGAGGAGCUCGCCGGCCGGACGCUGGGUCGCUCAGACACCAUCAUGGCGCGCCACGAGCGAGCCCUGGCCCGGCGACAGGCUGGCUUCAGCGACGGCGGUAGCGUCUCGGGCACCGUCAUUGCGCCGUCGGAGCGCCGCACCUUCUCGCAGUCGCAGGACGAGCGCAGCGAGGGCGGCCGCUUCGGGCUCCGCGACUUCUCCUUUGCGCGCAGCCCGCCACGUGCCGGUGCCGCCACGCGCCGGCCGUCGACGGGCAACACCGCUGCAACGCGGCACCUGCGUCCGGCCAGCCAGGGCGGCGACAUGCAGAUGCAGGAGAUGGCUGCGCAGGGCACGCCAGUCCGCUCUGCGUCCACCUCGGUCCGCGCCCCAGAGCCGCAGCCCGGCAACCGGCGCGAGCUGCCGCCAAUCAACACGAUGACGACGUCGCCCGAGCAGCAGACGAGCGCCGCGACGUCGGCCAACGUCGCCGGCAUCUCGCCGAUCUCCCCCAACGUCCGCCGAGGGCCAUGAGCUGCGGUCCGCGCAUGCCUGCCGAAACGCACACCUAACUUAUCACCGACUCUUCACGUUCUCGUCAUCACGACUGCCCGCACGACUCCGCGUUAAUGCUACAUUGUCUGCCAUUACGAUCAAGCAUCGGGCGUGAACAGGGUCGCCGCGCCGCCGUUGGGGCCGCGGUUGCCGCCCUCGACGUGUGCAGCAUCCGGCUCUGCCUCAUCGGCCUUGUCGUGCUUGGCAUCCUUGUGCUCCUUCUCGGCCUUUGCGUCGGCCUUGUGGGCCUUCUCAUCGGCCUUGGCAUCGGCCUUGUGAGCAUUCUCGUCGGCCUUCUGCGUGGCCACCUUGAGCUGCUCCUUCGCCGCCUGCUUCAGCUUCUUCUCCAGCUGCUCCUUCUCCUCCUUGGUCUUGGCAACAGGCUUCGG